AUGCUUUCCACGGGGAAUAUCAUCCUAAUCGCAGGGCUAUCUAUAGUCUUCCUCCUGUGUUGGGCAUGGGUGCCGUUCGCCCUGGUAGCGAAGCUGCUCGGGUUGGGUGGGCACCGAAAAAAGCUUGAGGGCGACCUGCUCCCGGUGCGCGCCACCGCAGGCGAGGUACGUUACCGGGCCGAGGGCUUCGUCCCGCCGUCCCAGGCACUGCAAGACGACCCCCAAGCCUUCGACCCAGAGGCGCGCCACCACGAGUUCCUCAAGACGGACCCGCGUCUGGCAGAGCAGCAUUUCAAGACACGAGAGACCAGGGAUGCGUACGAGGCCACGUUCGGCCUGGGCCGCACGAAGAGUAUGUCGGCGGCGUCGGCGACACAGCAAAUAGACGGUGGUGUCCAGAAGCCGGCCGCUACGCUGAGUCGGAAUCAGGGCAAGGAGGUGUGGGAGAAAGCCGACGAUCAGGCCGAGGACCAGCAGUGGAUUUGA